UGUCAAUGCACACAUCCCUCCGGAUUAUCUUCUUAGGAUCUGUGAGAGGCUUGGACCCCUCUUAGACAAGGAAAUCCCCCAGAGUGUUUUAGGGGUGCAGACUUUGCUGGGUGUCGGGCGCCAGUCUCUCCUGAGAGCAGCAAAAGACUUCAGACACACGCUAUGGAAAGGCUCUGCCUUUGCAGCUCUGCACAGGGGCCGACCCCCAGAACUCCCUGUGAACUAUGGGAAGCCACCAAACGUGGUUCACAUCCUGUCUGCCAGGCAAUUAACUGGAUGUGGCCGUUUCAGCCACUUGUUCCCAACAUCCACCUACCAACACAUGAAGAUGCAUAAGAGGAUUUUGGGGCACCUCUCAUCUGUUUAUUGUAUCGCCUUUGACCGCAGCGGGAGGAGAAUUUUUACAGGCUCAGAUGACUGUCUGGUGAAGAUCUGGGCGACGGAUGACGGGCGCCUGCUGUCCACCCUGCGGGGGCACUCGGCCGAGAUCUCGGACAUGGCCGUGAACUACGAGAACACGCUGCUGGCCGCGGGCAGCUGCGACAAGGUGGUGCGGGUGUGGUGCCUCCGCACCUGCGCCCCCCUCGCCGUCCUGCAGGGCCACUCGGCCUCCAUCACUUCCAUACAGUUCUCUCCAGCAAGGAAAGGAACAACACGAUACCUCACCUCCACUGGUGCCGAUGGAACAAUCUGUUUCUGGCAGUGGCAUGCGAACACCAUGAAAUUUAAGGAUCGUCCUGUAAAAUUUGCAGAGAGGUCCAGGCCUGGUGUUCAGAUCUCCUGUUCAUCCUUCAGUUCUGGUGGCAUGUUCAUUGCAACAGGUAGCACUGACCACGUGAUAAGAAUUUAUUAUUUGGGCUCAGAAUCUCCAGAGAAAAUGGCUGAGCUGGAAUCUCACACGGACAAGGUGGUUGCAGUCCAGUUCUGUAACAAUGGGGACAGCUUAAGGUUUGUCAGUGGAAGCAGAGAUGGAACAGCAAGAAUCUGGCACUACCAUCAGCAUGAUUGGAAGAGUGUGGUCCUGGAUAUGGCUACUAAAAUGACAGGAAACAAUGUGGCAUCUGGGGAGGACAAGGUGACUAAGCUGAAGGUCACCAUGGUGGCCUGGGAUCGAUACGAUGCCACUGUCAUCACUGCAGUCAACAACUUCCUUCUCAAAGUGUGGAACUCGUCCACAGGGCAGCUUCUCCACAGCUUAUCUGGUCAUGAUGAUGAAGUGUUUGUUCUGGAGGCUCAUCCCUUUGACCAAAGGAUUGUGCUUUCGGCGGGCCACGAUGGGAAUAUUUUUGUUUGGGAUAUAGACAAAGGAACAAAAAUUCGCAAUUACUUCAACAUGAUUGAGGGCCAAGGCCACGGAGCUGUUUUUGAUUGCAAGUUCUCACCAGAUGGGCAGCAUUUUGCCUGCACAGACUCUCAUGGACAUCUGCUACUAUUUGGUUUUGGAUGCAAUAAAUAUUAUGAAAAGAUUCCAGAUCAGAUGUUCUUCCAUACGGAUUACAGGCCUCUGAUCCGUGAUGCCAAUAACUACGUGUUGGAUGAACAGACCCAACAGGCUCCACAUCUGAUGCCUCCUCCAUUCCUGGUGGAUGUUGAUGGAAAUCCUCAUCCCACGAGAUUCCAGCGCCUGGUCCCAGGGAGGGAGAAUUGCAAGGAUGAGCAGCUCAUUCCUCAGCUGGGAUAUGUAGCUAAUGGUGAUGGUGAAGUAGUUGAACAAGUCAUUGGGCAGCAAACAAAUGACCAGGAUGAGAGUAUCCUCGAUGGAAUGAUCAGGGAGCUCCAGAGGGAACAAGAUCUCAGACUAAUUAAUGAAGGAGAAACUCCUCCAAACCCUCCACUCAACAGAUCCCUCUCUGUCAAUGGAGCCCUUCGCAGCCCGGCUCUGGACGUGGCCUCCCCCCCGAACGUGGGGCUCCGCCGGAGCGGGCAGAUCGAGGGCGUGCGGCAGAUGCACCACAACGCGCCCCGCAGCCAGAUGGCCACCGAGAGGGACCUCAUGGCCUGGAGCAGGAGGGUGGUGGUCAAUGAGCUCCCUCCAGGCGUCAGCAAGGUCCAGGAAGAAUGUCGAGCUGCCAAAGGUGAAAUAGAAAUUAGUUUAUACACUGUUGAAAAGAAGAGAAAGCCAUCCCACACCUUACAGCGGAGCGAAUUCCAGGCGGGCAGCGGCAGAUCCCUGCGCAGGAACCAGCGGCGGCGGCAGCACGCCUACCAGACCCGCUCCACCAUCGAGCACAGCCCGCAGGGAGCCCCCCACCACCCCUGUGCCCGCCAGCAAUCCGACAGCUCCUCCGAGGAAGAUGAGACUGUUGGCACAAGUGAUGCCUCCAUGGACGAUCCCGUGGCAGCCUGGCAAAGUGAAAGCAGUUCCAGUGAUUCAUCAAGUGAAUAUUCGGACUGGACAGCAGAUGCUGGAAUUAAUCUCCAGCCUCCAAAGAGACAGACCAGGCAGGCAGCUCGGAAAAUCUGUAGUAGUUCUGAAGAUGAAAAUAUGAAGGGAACAAAAGGACUGGAGCCAAAGCGAAGGAAACUUAAACAACCUAGAAAAAAGAAGCCCAGUGGCCUGCUGUCCCUGGAAGGGGAGCCCAGUGAGGAAUGGCUUGCUCCUCAGUGGAUCCUGGACACCAUUCCCCGGCGCUCCCCGUUCGUCCCACAGAUGGGAGAUGAGAUCAUAUACUUUAGGCAAGGCCAUGAAGCUUAUGUGAGGGCAGUAAGGAAAGCCAAAAUUUACAGUAUUAACAUGCAAAAACAACCAUGGAACAAAAUGGAACUCAGGGAACAAGAAUUUGUGAAGACUGUAGGGAUUAAAUACGAAGUUGGGCCUCCCACACUCUGCUGCUUGAAGCUUGCAUUCCUGGAUCCAAUCACAGGCAAAAUGACAGGAGAAUCCUUUUCCAUAAAGUACCAUGAUAUGCCAGAUGUCAUUGACUUCCUCGUGCUGCACCAGUUUUAUAACGAAGCCAAAGAAAGGAACUGGCAAAUAGGGGAUAGAUUUCGCAGUAUAAUAGAUGAUGCUUGGUGGUUUGGAACUGUGGAGAGUCAGCAGCCUUUCCAGGCAGAGUAUCCUGACAGUUCCUUCCAGUGCUACAGUGUGCACUGGGACAAUAAUGAAAGAGAGAGGAUGAGUCCCUGGGACAUGGAACCAAUCCCAGAAGGAACUGCCUAUCCAGAGGAGGUUGGUGCUGGAGUUCCUGUGACUCCAGAGGAGCUGACAGCUCUUCUCUACAAACCCCAGGAAGGAGAAUGGGGGGCCCAUUCCAGAGAUGAAGAAUGUGAACGAGUGAUCCGUGGCAUUGAGCAGCUUCUUUCCCUUGACAUUUCCAAUCCCUUUGCAGUCCCAGUGGACCUUAGUGCCUAUCCCAUGUAUUGCACUGUCGUUGCUUAUCCAACUGACCUCACCACGAUCAGGAGGAGACUUGAAAACAGGUUUUAUAGGAGAAUCUCUGCACUGAUGUGGGAGGUCAGAUACAUUGAACACAAUGCCAGGACCUUCAACGAGCCAGACAGUCCCAUAGUCAAAGCAGCCAAAAUUGUGACAGACGUGUUACUGCACUUCAUUGGAGAUCAGAGCUGCACUGAUAUCUUAGAGAUCUAUAACAAGGUGAAAGCAGAAGACCUGAGCAGCACUGAUGAAGAAGAGGAGGUGGCAGAAGUAGAUGUGGAUUCAGACGCUCCAGGAACUUCCUCUGGGAAAAGAAGAGUGAGACGACGAGUGAAGAGGCAGCCCAUGAAAGCCAGUCCUGAUGCCUGGAAGGAGCAGUGCCAGCAGCUGCUAAACCUGAUUUAUGAACGAGAGGACUCAGAGCCUUUUAGGCAGCCUGUUGAUCUCUUCUCUUAUCCUGAUUAUCGAGACAUUGUAGACACUCCCAUGGACUUCAGCACUGUGAAAGAAACCUUGGAAGCAGGAAACUACACCAGUCCCUUGGAAUUCUACAAAGACAUUCGUUUGAUAUUCUGCAACUCUAAGGCUUACACUCCUAAUAAAAAGUCUCGUAUUUACAGCAUGACCCUUCGACUCUCUGCCUUAUUUGAGAAUCACAUGAAGAACAUCAUCUCUGAGUACAAGGCAGCAAUGCAGUGUCAGAAGAGGAGGAGGCCACGGUACCGAAAACGGCUGAGGAGCAGCAGCAGCUCCCCCUCAACCAGCAGAGCAUCCAGCCCCAAAGGGAAGCAGAAACAAAUGAAGAUUCAACCUAAACCCAACCAGAAUACCUCACUGCCCCUGACCAGGACGAGCUCUUCAGUCUCAUCUCAUGUUUCAGAUACAGCAGAAGAACCUCUGGGUUCAGCCACUGGUGAAGAGCUGGAGGGUCAACCAUCUUCCUCAGGCUCCAAUGCACAGAACCGAAGUGGAAAUGCCAUAGAUCCAGGGAAAAGCAGGCCAGUCAGGAGUAAAUCCACACCAGUGAAACAAGAUCACUCUCCUGAUGGACCCCUCACCAAUGGAGAUGGCAGAGAGCCUCGGGCAGGAGUCAAGAGGAAGUUACUGAGCGCGUCGGAGGAGGACGAGCACCUGGAGGAGGCAGAGGAGGAGGAAAAGAAGAGAGAAUUAAAGGAAAAGUCUGGUUUGUCUUCAUCAGAAAGUGGGGAAUCGGGAUCCAGCUCCAGCUCUGAAAGCAGAAGUGGCUCUGAUUCCGACUCGGAAUCAACCUCCAGGACAGAUCAGGAUUACAUUGACGGAGACCAUGACUACAGCAAAGUGGUGCAAUCCAAAAAGCCCAAACGGAAAAUCAAACGGAAACUCAGCGCCGGGAAGAGGAAUUGGCAGGGCAGGGGCACAGGGAGGAGGGGGAGAUGGCAGGUGGGGAGAUGGGAGGCAGAGGGGCAGAGGGGGAGAGGUGGAAGAGGCUGCGGCAGAGGCAGAGGCGGCGGCAGGGGAGGAAGGAGAGGCCGCGGAGGCCGAGGGGCCUCGCGAGGAGCCACCAGAGCGAAACGCGCCCGAAUCGCCGACGACGAGUUUGAGAACCUGUUUGGGGGCCAGUUUGGAGAGAACGUGUUUGGGGGGAGGUUCAGCCGCCCCCCUCGGAUCAAAACCAGGAACGAGGGCAGGAGGACUGUCCUGUACAACGAUGACUCCGACAACGACACCUUCGUGCACACCGAGGAUCCGUUGAACCUUGGUACCUCCAGGUCAGGCAGGGUGCGCAAAAUGACAGAAAAAGCCAGGGUCAGCCAUCUCAUGGGAUGGAAUUAUUGACAGGUGGAAAACUUUGGAACAAUUUUAAAAGAACUUCAAUGGCCUUCUACUGCAGGGAUUUUACCAGAAAUUCUACCAAGCAAGUUGUGCGGGGACUCCACUCACGUUUUCACAGUGGUGCUUUUCCAUCCUGUCAGUUUGUGUUUGUUUUAAAGCUUCAGCUCUCCACACUUCAUUGGUCAAAACAAGCCUUAGUCAUUAGGCCUUAAAUUACAGAAAUUCUUCCCCACACACUACGAGUUCAUCACAUUAAAGAGGCUUCCAGCUUCUCAGUAAGAACAUGACAUUUUUGAGUCACGCUUAUGAAUUCUCUCCCUCGUUUUGUUUUUGUAUUAUAGAAAUAGCACCUUCUUACAGAGUUUUUAUGUGGUUUCUGCCAUAAAUCCUUAGACACAGUAAUAAUUAUAACUUUUGCACAAUACACCAAUCCUAAAGGCAGCUAUAAAAUGUUUACAGUUUCUAUAUUGUAAGAAGGAUCUGGAUUAUUUUAAUCUUCCCAGGCCAAACGUUGAUGGAAUUGUGCUGAACUGAAGUAUGUCUAUACUACAGUUUUGGGGGUCCUGAUGUGCUUUCUAUCGGUUCUUUAUUCGUGUAAAAAAGUGACAAAAGGGUUGGUGCCUUGUAAAUAUGUAGCAAACCUUUGAUGUGGUGUGUCCUAUGUGUGCAUUAACUUUAUUAAAAAGAGAAUACUUGAGAAGUAUGAAUAUCUAGACAAAAGGUGCCAAAUGCAAAAGUUACUUGCAUCUAUUUUCUUUUUGUCCUCUCAUAUUUUUAUAGUAUUAAUUGAGAUUGUGCAGCUAAAGGGGUGACUUCAACAUUUGAAAGGUUCCUCCUCUUCAAAGCAUAAAGUGAUUUUUAAUAGUAGCUCAGCUACCUCUUAUUUACAACUACUGGAAACUGAAAAGAAAAUAGAUGCUGUUAUUCAGUGCAUGUUGAAGAGGCGAGAAGGAGCUUGAGGGGUGGAAGUUGUAGAGUAACUGUAUCUUCAUUCUCUUGUCACCAUGAAAACCAAUUCAGUGGUUACCAGAGUUCUCAGAAGCAGCACGUUCUGUGCAGGUGGGGAUUUGUUUGUGCAGAGGGGCUGAGCUGCUCCCACUCCUUCCUGCUGCCCCUUGAUCUGUGAAAAUGUGGGUUUGGAUGAGGGGCUGGGGGAGCCCUGCUCCCUCUGGCCAUGCCGGUACAGAACCCUCCAGACUGACUCUUGUAUCUCAAGCUUCCAGAAGAGUAUUCCUGUUGCACUGUACUCUUGUUAUCCUGGGAAAUGCUGACUUGAAACCCUUUGGUAGUGCAGUUUGUGAGGAGAUUGGUGCUCUGGCUCCUUCAGGAGCAGAACUGGGCGCUUGGCGUGGGCUGAGCUGGAGCUGAGCAGCCUCUUCCUUCCUUCCUGGGCUCUGGCUGGAAUAUAUAUGGGACUUCAAUUUUCUCCCGUUGUCCAAACGGAUCUGACAGCUCCGAGAGUGAGUCAGGUCACAGAGAGAACAAACAAAAAGAGGCUACAAAGUUCCGCUGGAGUUUUUCAAGGUUUUUAGGUUUUUUUUAAACUUUCAUCCAAUAUCCUUCAGUUCUUCUGUGCACAGCUUGGUCAAUAAUUCUGGAAAACCUCAGGCAGCAAAGAGUGACCCAUGUAUAUUCUCAGAUGCAGAAGGAAUUUAAUUUUUGACUUUCUAUAUUCAGCACUAGCUAUUUUAUCUCACUUUCCAAAAAAAACCAACUCUAGUUAGAUGCAAAAAUGACUUGAAAAAAAAAAAAAAGCAGAGGUUUAGUUUUGUGAUGAAGGAGAGUAUAUCCUAAACUGCUCAUUAAUAUGAAUUUAUGGUACAGUACAAAAAUCACACUUUUAAUUUUUUAAGGAAUGGUUGGAAUCAGCCGUAAUCCACUGCUGGACUCAAUUCUGGUUUUGAUGGGGGGGUAGGGGGUGGGAAACAAGUGCAAAGGCUCUCCUAGAUCUCUGUUGGGCUUUAAAGUAUAAACACCUGUCCUAUCAUCUUUCUCAUAUAUCUGUAUAUAUAUACACGCAUUUAUAUUUAUAAGAAAUGUAUUAUUUGUUUGACUGAUUGGUCUUUUUACAUAUGGUAACCAGGAAUAGCAUGUAUGCAUCAGUCCAUAGUCAAAAUCAUAUCCUUAGAUGAGUCCUGUGAGCUAAUGUAAACACUAGGGGUUCUGUCCUAAAGCCUGAAAAGCUUGAAAUGCAAAACAAAUGCUUUUUUUUCCCCUCUC